AUGGAUCUGAUCAUGAUGAACACAGUGGUGCCCAAGAUGGCAGCUAAUCUCUUGGGCCAUAAGUUCAUCUCUUGGGGUGGCUGUUCUACUCAGGUCUUCCUAGUGGUCAUGGUAGGAGGAGCAGAGUGCUUCCUUUUGGCAAUCAUGGCCUAUGACCGGUAUGUGGCAGUCUGCCACCCCAUGCAGUAUCCUGUGCUUAUGAACUGGCAGGUUUGCUCCCUCCUGGCCCUGGCAUCCUGGAUGGGUGGGGUGGCUGACAGUGUUAUGGAUGUGGGCAUGGUCUUAAGUUUCCCCUGCUGUCACUCUCUGGAGGUGUAUCAGUUCUUCUGUGAGGUCCCUGCCUUGCUGCACCUCUCAUGUGCUGACAUCUCGCUCUUUGAGGAUCUCAUCUAUGCUUGCUGUGUGGUCAUGCUGCUGCUGCCGCCCCUUGGUGUCAUUGUGGUUUCCUAUGCCCAGGUCCUUGAAGCUCUCAUUAGGAUUCCCUCCACUGAGGGUAAACAGAAGGCUCUGACCACUUGUUCCUCCCACCUGGCUGUGGUGGGUCUGUACUAUGGAGGAGCCAUGUUCAGCUACAUGCAGUGGGCCUCCACUAAAACACCAGUGAGAGACCAAGCCACCUCCAUCUUCUACACCAUCCUCACUCCAAUGCUCAACCCACUCAUUUACAGUCUGAGGAACAGGGACUGUUUUAAACAGGGACUGUUUUACUUUUAA